UACGAUCCGGAACGAACCGGGCGGGGGCAGAAUUUCCCCGACUGAAUCAGUCGCCAUGUUGGUCCCAUAAGCUCACAGUAUUUGUGCAACUUUUCCAUUUUCCCCGAUUUUCGGGACAUCGUAGGCAUUACAUGUAGGCCUGGCUUCGCGUUCAAUGCGGAGUCUACUACAUGAGCCACUAUUUGGUCUCUCCUUUUUGGAGAAUGAAGGGAGUUUGGUGGAUUUUCGAGGACUGAAUUGCAUUGCAACAGUGUUGUGAGUCCUAAAGAAAAUAGGAAAAACUUUAAAAAGCAAAAAAAAAAACAAGGAAAGAUCCAACAUGCCGAUCCAAGCGCCACAGUGGACGGACUUCCUGUCCUGUCCGAUCUGUUACAACGAGUUUAACGAGAACCAGCGGAAGCCGAUCAGCCUGGGAUGCGGGCACACCGUGUGCCAGACAUGCCUGGGACAGUUCCACAGCAAGCAGUGUCCCUUCGACCAGACCACCAUCUCCGUGGACACGGACGUCCUGCCCGUCAACUUCGCCAUCCUGCAGUUGGUCAGCGGCGAUGCGCAGAAGUCGGAGAACGGCGUUGCGGGAGUCACCGAGUUUACGGAGUAUUACGAGGAUGCCAUGGAGUGUAUAGAGGAGCUGGCCUUGUACCUGAAGCCAUUCAGUGGUGGAGGAGCAGGAAACAACAGCACUCUAAGUCGACCCAUGCAGCGUAAACUGGUCACGCUGGUCAACUGCCAGCUGGUGGAGGAUGAGGGCAGAGCUCGUGCCAUGAGAGCGGCACGAUCUCUCGGAGAGCGGACGGUGACGGAGCUGAUUCUGCAGCACCAGAACCCACAGCAACUGUCACAGAACCUGUGGGCGGCAGUCAGGGCCAGGGGGUGCCAGUUCCUGGGGCCAGCCAUGCAGGAAGAAACCCUGAAGCUGAUCCUGUUGGCUCUUGAGGACGGUUCUGCCCUGUCCAGAAAGGUUCUGGUCAUGUUUGUGGUGCAGAGACUGGAGAAGCAGUUCUCCCAAGCCUCCAAGACCAGCAUUGGCCACGUGGUGCAGCUCUUGUACAGGGCCUCCUGCUUCAAGGUGUACAAGAGAGAUGGAGACUCCUCACUCAUGGAACUCAAGGAAGAGUUCCGUACAUAUGACGGCCUGAGAAGAGAACACGACGCUCAGAUUGUUCAGAUAGCCAUGGAGGCUGGACUGAGGAUAUCUCCUGAGCAGUGGUCCUCUCUUCUGUACGGGGACACGGCUCACAAGUCUCACAUGCAGUCUAUCAUCGACAAGUUGCAGACGCCAGCGUCCUUCGCCCAGAGCGUGAACGAGCUGGUCAUCGCCCUGCAGCGCUCCGGCGACCCCGCCAACCUGUCGCGCCUGCGCCCGUACUUCGACGAGCUGGCCAAGAUCGACCCGAGCCCGGACAGCGAGACGCCGCUGUGGGACAACACCCGGAAGGGCAUGCAGGCGGUCAAGCUGGUGGUGCAGGGCGUGGUGGACUUCAUCCAGAACUACAGCGGCAACAGGAAGGGCGACUCUGCACAGGUGACAAGUGGGAAAUAUAAGACCAGCAUGUGCCGGGACCUGAACCGAAACGGAACCGGCUGCCCUCGUGGCAUCAACUGCACAUUUGCACACUCCGAUGAGGAGAUGUACAGGUACCGUGCUAGGAACAGAAAAGCUGUGGAGAAAGGGACCACAAAGGAGAUUCCCUCCUUUAAGGGGGAAGUGAAGAAAGGCAGCCCCCUGGUCGCCAAGGGAACGUCCUCUCCCCCUUCUCCACCACCUCCAGGCCUGGUCUCAAGGUCGACUGUCUCAGAACACAGUUCUAAUGGGGUCGGUCUGAGGGAGCCGCCUGACAUGCCACCGUCUCAGUCUCCACCGUCUUCGUACAGCAGACAGGCAGUGUACCCACCCAGGGUCGCAUCCAUGGAGCAGUACCAUCACCAGCCACAAGGGGGCGCCAUGAGACAGCCUCUACCCUCAGAAAUGCCACCUGAACAAGGUCCGACUUACAUGGUGGAAACAGUGCAAGUGCAGAUGGUGCCCGUGGAGGCAGGUUAUCCAAGGGUUGUCAGCGGUUACUACCCUCCACAACACCCGCAGUACAUGCCGCAACAACCACCGCCACCUCCCAUGACCCCUCCGUAUCCAGCGCAGUAUCCCCCGCCAGCGUCGUAUCGUCCCCAGGACCCCGCGCCGCCGCCGCCGUUCCCCCAUCGACCGUACGUACAGGACAGCUACGGAAACGGUAUCUACCCGCCGCCGCCGCCAGCCAACCAGUACCCGCCACAGCAGUACGCCCCGCCCAUGGAUAGGGGGGCCUGGCCGCGGUACUCCCUUCGGGACGACAUGCCUGUCAGAGUCUCCACCAGAAGCGGAUAUGCUGACUACGACGGCAUGGUGCACCAGUACCAAGGGCCUUACCAGGGGAGCAUGUCACAGCCAAUGAGCCUACAAAGCCAAAGUCUGAAGGACCUACAGCGUAGAAGGGACGAACUCCUGGCCCAGCUGAACCACCCUGCACACUGCAUGCCCGUGGCGCGCUCCCCCUCCCCCUCCCCUUACAGCUCCCCUGCACACACGCCCCCCUCCACCCUCAACUCCAAAGCCACUCCCUUUUUCCCGCGGAAGCCAGACUACGCUGACGAGACGGAAAAGGAUGGCGAGGUGCAGUCGGACAGCACAGAGCAGGCGAAGGAGUACAGCCCGUGGUCGAGCGGGACCCUGAUCCAGACGAAGGACGUCAUGCCGCACACGGCCACUCCCUCCUCCUCCUCGACGACCGUGGUGUCCAGCUCGCAGUCGUCUUUCAGCAGGAACUACCCGACAGAGAGCUCGCUCGUGACGGAGAUCCGCCGCCUCUCGGACGAGGCGCUGGCACAGGUCCUGGUACGGGAGGACCUGAACUACCUGCGUGGGCAGGACCAGCCGGGGUACCUCAUCCGUCAGGAGGUGCAGCGCCGCACGCUCGAGCGCGCCAAGGAGCUGGAGGACGACCUCAUCCCCUUCUCCAGCACCCCCAUGGUGUCCAAGUACGGCCCCAUCUCACGCACAGCCAGGGCCAUGAUACGGAACACCGGACCAUACCAAUCCAACGCCAUCGCGGGGAACACCAGCACUGUGUCCGUCAAGUCCACGGAGAACCUGAUCCAGUCCACGCACGAGCGAGUCCACAGCCCCACCGACCCGGAGGAUCAGGAUAGCAGAUACGCCAAGAAGCCGGCGGUUAGCAUGUACCGCGGCGUGUGGAACAUCACCGACAGAGAGGAUCCGUCCCAAAACACUAGAAUAAAUAAUCUCCCAAGCGCUCCGGUGGUGACGUCGCGUGCCUCGGGCACGUCCACGGUAGAGCGAGAGCAGCUGAAGCUGGAGCUCCGACAGAUCAACAACCAGAUCAACUCCCACCAGCAGCAACAGCAGAUCCAGGAGGCUAAGAACGCCAUGCUGCUGAAACGUGAGCAGGACGCGCUGGCCUGGCUGAAGAGCAGCGUGUCCGACAAACAGCUGAACGACGACCAGCGGCUGGCGUACGAGCUCCAGCGGAUCGAACUUGGCAUUCGCGAGAAGGAGAGAGAGCUGCAGAGGGUGGGAAUGAAAGACAAACAGUGGAAGACCCUGCCCAGAAGUCAGGACGACACCGCCAGCGACUUCGAGAUCGCUCGCCAGCUUCAGGAGUUUGAGAACGGUCACCGGUCCAAGCCGGGCUCCGAUUCUACCGACAGGAACAGACAUGCUGUUCAAGACGACCUGGAAGCGAACGACUACCGUGUGGCCCUGGAGGCGCAGAAGGCGGAGGAACUGUCGGAGAUCGAGUACCAGCUCCGACGCGAGGCCGAGCGCAAGCAGCGCCUGGCCCAGGAGCGGGAGAGACUGGACCAGGAAGAACGGGAUCGCCGCCUGGCCGAGCACCUGGCGUACAGUGAGGUGGGUACAGUAGGGUACCAGCACCAGACCUCAGACAGACCCUCAUACGCCAGCGCUGUAGCGGACAGAAGGGUGCGGGUAAACGGUGUGCACGGCGCCGUACGGGACCUGCAACUGGCACCCAGGAUUUCCACGGGUCAGGACACCGUUGUCACUUCCUCCGUGGCGAGAGCCAAGCCCUGCACGCUACCAAGCAACGUGGUGGAAGACAGCAGUGUGGGUGUGCACUAG